UCUCUCUCUCUCUCUCUCUCUUCUUCCGGCCGAAGCGAAGUGAGGAGAGAGCCUUCUCUCUCUCCACAAAGAGAGACAGAUCAGGAACGGAUAGAAAGAACGCAAAAGAGUAGUUUUUUUUUUCUAUAUAUAGAUAGAAAAAGGGUUCCUACGUCUUACUUCCUUCAAACGAAUUCUUCCCCAUUUUCUUCAAAGGGAGAGAAAAACAGAGGGAUGGCGGUGUAUGAGUUGAUUAACGACGAAGAGAAUGGAAUCGAAUGUCCAAAGAGGAAGGUCCUUUCGAUUGAGGAAGGUUAUACGGAGAAAGAACUCGAAUCUACAAGGCAGUUUCCUUCUGCGAAAUUCAUUGCGGUGGAAAGCCAGAAAGGCAUCGCUGUUGCCGCUGGCGGAGAUGCUUCGAAACGCCGUCUCGUCUCGCUCGACGUCUUCCGUGGAAUCACCGUUGCUCUCAUGAUACUUGUGGAUGAUGCUGGUGGAAUGUUCCCUGUAAUCAAUCACUCACCAUGGAAUGGCGUGACCCUGGCGGAUUUUGUCAUGCCAUUUUUCUUGUUUAUCGUUGGCGUUUCGCUUGGACUUACAUAUAAGAAAUUGCCAGGCAAAGGUGUUGCAACUCAAAAGGCUGUGCUACGGGCAUUGAAACUGUUAAUCUUAGGCAUUUUCCUCCAAGGAGGUUAUUUUCAUGGUGUUAACAAUUUAACUUAUGGAGUUGAUAUAUCAACCAUUCGAUGGAUGGGCACACUACAGAGAAUAGCAAUAGCAUAUCUUCUGGCUGCAAUGUGUGAGAUUUGGCUAAAGAGUGACAAGGAUGUUGAUUCUGGGCUCUCCUUAGUAAGGAAAUAUCGAUUCCAGUGGUUGGUCGCUUUAAUCCUUACUACCAUGUAUUUGAGCCUAUUAUAUGGUUUAUAUGUACCCGACUGGAAGUACCAGAUACCAAGUGAAAGCUCCUCCGUUCCACCAAAGACAUUCUCAGUGACUUGUGGAGUAAGGGGUGAUACUGGGCCCGCUUGCAAUGCCAUUGGAAUGAUUGAUCGUGAAGUUUUAGGCAUUCAACAUCUGUAUAGACGGCCAAUCUAUUCAAGAACAAAGCAAUGCAGCAUUAACUCGCCAGAUUAUGGCCCACUUCCGCUUGAUGCUCCUUCAUGGUGUCAAGCCCCUUUUGAUCCUGAAGGACUCUUAAGUUCAGUAAUGGCUGUUGUUACUUGCUUGAUUGGGUUGCACUAUGGACAUAUCAUAGUACAUUUUAAGGAUCACAGGGAUAGGAUCUUGCAAUGGACGAUCCCUUCCUUUUGUUUGGUAGUCCUUGGCUUGUCCUUAGAUUCUUUGGGGAUGCACGUGAACAAGGUUCUCUACAGCUUAAGUUAUACAUGUCUUACUGCCGGUGCAGCUGGCAUUCUUCUUACGGGAACUUAUCUUUUGGUUGAUGUGCAUGGGUACAGGCGACCCACCAUAGUGAUGGAGUGGAUGGGGAUGAAUGCCCUGAUGAUUUAUGUCUUAGCAGCCUGCAAUAUUGUCCCAGUUAUUCUUCAAGGUUUCUAUUGGAGGAAGCCUCAAAAUAACUUUUUGCGCUUAAUCGGAAUCGGUUCUUGAUGAUUUGCUGGGGGAAUUGAAUCCGUCGGUUGUCUCAGUUUUUUUUUUCCUAAUGAGGGUUCGCUGGGUUCGCCACGUAUUGCCCUGUCAUCAUCACAGAGAUAAACUCCUUCCAACUUCAAUUGGGAAUGGGGAAGAAAAGGACCAGAGUCGGCUAUGUACAUGUAUAUGCAAAGGCAGGUUUCUUCUUGCCAAUCUCAACUGCCUAACAUGUGCUUAUUUGGGGAAGGGCUCUUCGUAUUUUCUUCUUUUUCCAUAUUGUGAAGGGCUGAUUGGAUAUGAAGAAUUCGAAUAGAAUUGUAAACCUUUAGCAUAUAUUGUAUAUAUCAUAUAUAUAAUGAUUAAAGUUUCUUUCAUACUA